AUGAAAUUCCUCUUCGUAUGGUUAUCACUAUCAACUAUAGUUCUGUAUUGUAAAGGCCAGAACGUUACAUGCACUGGAAUCAAUGCGCAAAAUAUAGUUUCACCAUCUGCUGUAGGCAGAUGGCACUUGGUAAGAACAUCGGAAAUUGGAAAUUCAACAGAAGGAAAAAAUACCUGUGGAUUUUUCAAUACUAUUACACCUUGCAAAUGUAUUGGCAUUAACAUUAAUACUACAAUGCUGCCACCAAACGUAACCCAAUAUACUUUACAGAACUUCGGGUACAAUGAAAAGUUUAAUUCAUACGCACUGACAAAGUUGGACAUCGACUUAAUUUCUAACAGCAGUUUAAUAUUUAAUGCAUUUGUUCCACUUGCUAAUGUUAAUUUCACCAUUGCUAUAAUUGGGACUGAUGAUUAUCUCUCGUGGAUGACUAUUGCUAUGUGUAAUCAACUAAAGGACGAAAAAGGUAAAAAUAUAAGAUUGAGAUGGAUCAUCACAAGAAGCCCUAUUCCCACAAAUACUACAAUUAAAGAAGCAAUGCAAUCUAUUGGUCCAAAUACCAAAGAUCUUAUUGUUGUCAAUCAAUCCAAUUGCCCACCGGGAUUCUAA